AUUUUCUAUGCUAGUUUUUUUUACUUUCAAGAAUAUUUAGUACUAAGAGCAAAUUGGAAAAAAAUGAUAAAUUAUAUCUUAAUUUUUGAAACUGAUAAUAUUUUGAAUUAGAUAUAUUUAGUAAGGAGGAGAAUUAAUAUGGAGCGCAGGGAGUAUUAUCGGAACCUUUUAUCUUUCCUAAAGAAGAAUGCCACUACUUUAUUUCUUGCUAUAUGCACCUGUUUAUGCAAGCUAAAAGAAAAUGUUACAAAGGUGGAGAAAAAGAAUGUUAAAAAGGGAAAACUCAUUUACGAGGGGAAAUAACUGUUGAGAAAACCGAACCAGUGCCACCGUCUUCCACAACUCCUAAAUCUCAGAAAUGAAAUUCUUCAUCGGAAAAGCCUCUACUCUUCACUCUCAUCAUCAUCAAUUUCUUCUUUAUAUAGUUUCACCUCAAUCAAAUUAUAUGGCUCCACACUCUAUCUCUCUGCUAAACAAUUAUUAUCCCAAUUUUAUUACAAAGCGGUGGCUCAGUACAGGGACCGAGUCGGCUCAGUCCGAGUUUACCGGACUCAACGCUUACGAGCUAUUAGGUGUGUCAGAAACAAGCUCUUUUGCUGAAAUCAAAGUCUCUUUUCGUAAAUUGGCUAAGGAGACUCACCCUGACCUCCUCCCUCAUUCCACGCCCAAUUCCUCCUCUACUUCCAAGCAAUUCGUUGACAUACUUGCUGCUUAUGAGAUUCUAUCCGAUUCUGAGAAGAGAGCGCAUUAUGACCAGUACCUCUCAGCUCGAAAAACACUUGUUCAUGUGCAUUCUAGACAAGGUUCGAAAAUGUGCAUGUAUGAAUCAUAUAGCACAUCAAUCAAGGAGAUGGAAGUUGUUGAAUGGUUAAAGUGGUAUAGACAAACAGUAAAUGACAUAUUGGCUGAAAAAAGGGUAGUAUCUGGAUCAGGCUAUUUUGAUGCACUGGAAAGAGAUUUCUACUCAGCAUUACAUUUAGCAUUCUACGGCCCUGAGAUUGAGUCAGAUCUCCUUCCUGAGUGUUUUGAAGCUGAGGAGAGAUCAGUAUAUGAAACAGCUGAGGUUCUGCACCUGGUGUUCGGGCGAGAUCUUUUUGGGAUGGUCUGUUUAGCCAAAAAUGUCUCCGAACUGUCACAUGCUUCUAUGGAAAAACUAACUUCCUUUACGCCGGGCUUGUGUCAUUCCAUUGAGAAUAUCCCCAUGAAAAUGCAUCCGGAGACGGCUCAUACUGGUUCUGAUCAAAGGCAAUUGAGAAGUUCUAAUUACCCUACAUCAGAUGCAUACAGAAACUUGGAAUUGCAUGUUGGAAGGAGGCUUGUUGCUGUGGCCACAAGAGUUCCACCUAGGAGUAGAUCUAAUGGGAUACAGAAUGAGGGUUUUGAUGACUGCAUUCAUGUUUACCUCAAUUCAGAUGAAGUCCAAAGAUUUUCUAAAAGUAACUUUAUAGAUUUCGGAUUGAAAUCUGCCGUUCCACUGGGAAUGAUAACAGGGUUGGGGACCAGUCCUGAAGAAGGUUCUUGCGAUGUUUAUGACAACAAUGGUCUAAAAACCCAUGUGAUUAUGAAGCAUCGAACAUUGCUGGUAAGACACAUGCACUGGUAUCAAUUAGGAGAAGUAUCAACCUGUGAGUGCAGAUGCCGCAGAGCUAGGCUACCUCCGAGCAAAUUUUGGCUAUUUGAACCUCGAUGUGGCAUGCAUGACAUUGGAGGUUGGUAUGUGGAGACGUUUGGCAGAGAUAAGAAAGGUCGAAAUGUGCUAUCUCAGAGGUAUUGGGAUGGCUUAGGGGCAAAUGAUCACUUUGAGAAGAGACUGCAUCCAGCAAUGUACUUGCUUGCCCUUGCCUACAGGACUCUAGAUAUUGAAGAUUCAAGGAGAAGUAAACAGAGAAUGAAGGAUCUUGUGGAAUCAAACGUAUCUAGAAUUCUCAGCUGGUGCAAGAGACUAGUACACUGAAACAUAAUGACAUUCAGUCUUUAUGAUCAUAUCCUUGCUCAGCCCCAGAAUUUAAUAGGCACCUGUAUUCUGGUGGUCCUCUGAUGGUACAGAUGAUUCACACUUGUUAAAGAAUCCUCAUAUAAGCCUGCAUAGGUUGUUGAUUUGGAUGGCUUGUGGAUUGAUGAGCCAAACACCAUGAGCCUUGAACACAACAUAGAUAUUUUAUAUGCUGCAAUUGAAUUCACCAAUCUCUGUGAAGCAGCUUAAAAGUGCUCUUUAACCACCAAUGAGAUUGCUCUGCUUUGUAUUUCCUGGUCUCUCAUUUUCGGUGCCACGACCCAAUGUGAUAUUAUGUAAGGUGACACCAGUCAGCUCACUAAGGAAUUGAACCUGUGUUUCAUUAUAAGCUAGUUUGGUUACUGGAUGGAAUUGCUGAAGCAACAUCAAUAAUAAUACCAUGUUAACGGGAAGAGUUGCAUGCUUACUGCCUUCGGUGACACUACAUAACGCUAAACUAUACUGCUCCUUAUAUGUUGGAAGCCAUAUGUGGAUCACGACAUUAUGGGCCGGAAAAGGGAUUUGAUACCUCAAGCAGGAACCAAGUAACACCUCAAGCCAAGGGAGUGAAGCAUGGUGUUAAUGCAGAUGGAAGCUAUUAAUGUUUGGGGUGAUGGCUUGCAUUACAGGGAGGCAUUUGAUCAAAAGAUUAUUGUGCACUUUCUGAGUUGCUGUAACUAAUUUACUUAUUAUCCUCAUACUUCUGUUAUUGGCAUACAGGUUCUCUGAUAUAUACAUCAAAUUGUUGUCCAUGAAUAUAACAAAACGAUUGCUGGUUAGUAUAUUUGAGUUCAAUUGCACAAAUCUUGUAAGCAGCUAGAGACUUUCUUUUUAGGGAAGCAGUCAAGAGGCUUUUAACUGUUGUUUUCUUAUCUUUUUAUUUAAGUAGAUGUUCUUCCAUUUUGUUUA